AUGAAGCAGAAUCUAAAAGCUGUCAGAAUGCUGCUGAUCUCAUGCCUUAUAUUGAUUGUGGGUGUCGCAACAGAUAAUGACAGAGACUUCAAAAUGUGUGGAAAGUGGCUCCAUGGCAUCGCACCUCGAAAUCUGCAAUAUGAUUUGAAAACCGGCUGUGAAAGAAUUGGCAUUUCAGCCAAUAAGAGCACACUCUCUAUUCAGGGCAGGAUCACAGCCAAUUGCACACAAUCUUCAUCUAUUCAACUAGACUCAAAUCCUCAUCAGAAUCAAAGUCAUUUCUGUGUGUUCUGGGAGCCGCUGCUGGACCUGCUGAUAGUGGAGGUCAAUGGCAAGAAUCACACUCUAUGUGAACCAAACGGCCUUCAAGGAAUCUGCUGCACUGACCUCUCACCAGAAGUUCAAGAAAACGCUCAUAUGUAUGGUAUUGUGAAUGGCAGUGUCAAAGGUGAUAUCAUCACAGGUGAUCUCAAGGAAAACUACACAUUUGAUGGGGCUCAAAUCAACUGCAAGGAGAAGUUCUGUGAUGAGGCAAGUCUGAAGCCCAGAGGAGCAAACAUGAUAGAGGAAGUAGUGAUGAGAUCCAAUGCAAAGGGUAGUGUGGAUCUACCUUGUGCUCAGGGCACAGUCAUUGAGAUGGACGAGGAAUUCACAGGACACAGUUUCACCGUGCCAGCCCCUCGAUUUGUAGAUGCAAACACCAUACCCUCUGUUUAUAUUCCAUCAAGCCUGAAAUCUGUAUCAAGGAGAAAACCCAUAGUGGUUGUCGCUUACUACAAGAACAAGAUGUUAUUUGAGAUAGGAUCAUCUGAUGGAGCUCUGGAUGAAAUUGUUAGACUCUCUGUAGAGGAUGAGACCAUCGAAAAUCUCCCAGAACCUGUCAGAAUCCGGUUUCAUCACUCGUCUUUUAUUCCACAGUCUACUUUGCAAUGUGUUUCAUGGGACACAAGAAAAGACAAUAGAGAAAAGUGGAGAUCAGAGGGAUGCGAGACAGUUAUUAUAACUGCAAAAGAGAUAGAGUGCCGUUGUCAUCACUUUGCAUACGUCACUGCUCAAGUGGUGAGAGCUACAGAUCGCCAUCAAAAGGCUCUGGUGAUCAUUACCUCUGCGGGCUGUGCCCUGUCCUUAGUAAGCAGUUUGGUUCUUUUCUACUGGCUUUAAAAACGCAGAGGAAAGAAAGACCCGUCUUUAGUGGUGCAUCGUGGACUUGCUGUAGCAACUUUGUUUUUGUCCAUGUGCUUGAGUUUUACCAGCAGAUUAGCAAACGCUGAAAAUGAAACUGUUUGUAAGAUAACAGGAGCUCUUUUGCACUAUUCACUACUCAGCACCCUCUGUUGGAUGACUGUAGAAAUGUUUCACAUUUUCCCGUUCAUCUAUUGUAAAUUCAACUCAAUGCUUCUUCAAUGGGUUUUUAACUUGGCAGGCUUUGGCAUCCCAGCUCUACUAGUAGGUAAAUUGCUUUGUAUAGGUGAUAUUUAUGGCCUGAGGAACAUUGGGAAUGAAGAUGUCUCUAGUCUGUAUUUUAUGUGCUGGAUGUUAGAUUCUGACAGGAGUAGAUUGGCCCAUUAUAUCAUUAAUAUUGGCUUGUUUGCAGUUGCGAUGAGCUCUGGUGCAGUCAUGCUUUUCCUUGUGGCUAUAAAAAUACAUACCCAUCCUGAGUGGACGAAGAGCCGCAUGGCUUUUCUUAGUAUCUGGGGUCUUUUUUGUCUGUUUGGAACAACACUGGGCCUAGGUCUCUUCAACUUUGGCCCUCUUUCAGAAACCAUCCUCUUCAUCUUCUGCAUUGUCACUUCCUCUCAAGGUUUUUUUCACAUGCUCCGAUACUAUAUUCUCGAACGGAUGAAAAAGAGGUGUGGAUCGAGUUUGGAUGGGGCAGUACAGCACAGCUCAGAGAUCCCGAAUGAGUGAUUUAACUAAAUGUUUUUAUCAUUAAAAAUUCUGUUAUAUUUAGAUCAUUACACACUGGAUGUUUCUCAGAUGACAUUGUGUGUCUGUGUGUGAAAUCGUGCAAUGUCUCUAUUAAGAGUUAUGUAUAGUGAUUAUCACACAUAUCAUACUGCUAAAAACAACCUGAAUGUAUGACAGAGUAUUCUUGGUCAGAAAUUUAACCGGCGGGUUGAUACUAUUUUCAGAUAGUUUUUUUUUUAACAUGGCAGAUGAUGUCAUGGGUGGAACUCCUUAUAUGGCUACCCUUAAUUCUAGUUUUAUUUUCUCUUUUAAGUAAUAGAAAGCUAAAGACUUCAGAGAAAAUAUGGAUGCAAUCUAUAGGUACUCAAGAUUUAUGUAAUAUUUAUCAAAAUGAG